AAUCUGCAUGGAACUGCAGAAAUGGCAAGGGAAAAAACCACAGGCACACCAAGGGAAUUGUGGAGGCUGCACCAGCACGUCUGGAAAGGCGACGGGGACACAGGGCCAGCAGGUCCGGAACAGGCACCACGAGGAACAGGAACAUCUGGGAACACCUGUGAACAUCUGCAGCUCCAGGAGGUGUGAGGUACGUGUGUCCGUGAAACAAGAUGGAGAGAAGAUAGUAGAGUGAGGUGGUGGCCCUGUGGACAGCAUGGCUUUCCUGGACAACCCCACCAUCAUCCUGGCUCACAUCCGGCAGUCGCACGUGACCAGCGAUGACACGGGCAUGUGCGAGAUGGUCCUGAUCGACCACGACGUGGACCUGGAGAAGUUCAACCCCUCCUCAGCCUUUGGGGACAGCGGGGCAGAGCCCCAGGGCAGCAAUGGGGACACUCAGGGCUAUGUCUAUUCCCAAUCUGUCGAUAUUACCUCAAGCUGGGACUUUGGGAUCCGAAGACGAUCGAACACAGCUCAGAGACUAGAACGUCUGCGGAAAGAGAGACAAAAUCAAAUAAAAUGCAAAAACGUUCAGUGGAAAGACAGAAAUACUUCUUGCUCAGCAGAGGAGCUGAGCUCACUGUUUGAGAAGAAGAAUUUCAGAGUGAAGUCGCCAUGUUCUGGGAAGCAGUCCAUCCUCUCUGUGCGCCUGGAGCAGUGUCCACUGCAGCUCAACAACCCCUUCAACGAGUACUCCAAGUUUGAUGGCAAGGGCCACGUUGGUACAACAGCAACCAAAAAAAUCGAUGUCUACCUCCCCCUGCACGCGAGCCAGGAGAAGCUGCAGCCCAUGACCGUGGUGACCAUCGCCAACGCCAAGGUGCACGACCUGAUCGGGCUCAUCUGCUGGCAAUAUACAAGUGAGGGACGGGAACCCAAGCUGAAUGACAAUGUCAAUGCCUACUGCCUGCACAUCGCCGAGGACGACGGCGAGGUGGACACCGACUUCCCCCCGCUGGACUCCAACGAGCCCAUCCACAAGUUUGGCUUCAGCACCCUGGCCCUGGUGGAGAAGUACUCGUCCCCAGGGCUGGCAGCCAAGCAGUCGCUCUUCGUGCGCAUAAAUGCUGCUCAUGGAUUCUCACUUAUUCAGGUGGACAGUAUGAAGGUCACCAUGAAGGAUAUCUUACAAAAGGCCUUAAAGAGAAGGAAGGGAUCACAGAGAGGCUCAGGUCCUCAGUAUCGGCUGGAGAAGCAGAGUGAACCUAAUGUCCCAGUAGAUUUAGACUGUACCUUGGAGAGCCAGAGCACUUUGGAAUUCUGCCUUGUCCGGGAGAACAGUUCCAGAGGAGAAGAGGUGUCAGAGGAGGAUCCCCAGAUCGACAUUGCCACGGUGCAGGACAUGCUCAGCAGCCACCACUACAAGUCCUUCAAAGUCAGCAUGAUCCACCGGCUGCGCUUCACCACGGACGUGCAGUUAGGUAUUUCUGGAGACAAGGUAGAGAUAGACCCUGUUACUAAUCAGAAGGCCAGCACUAAGUUUUGGAUUAAGCAGAAACCCAUUUCAAUCGAUUCUGAACUCCUCUGUGCCUGUGACCUUGCGGAAGAAAAAAGCCCAAGUCAUGCAAUAUUUAAACUUACAUAUCUAAGCAAUCAUGACUACAAACACCUUUACUUUGAAUCAGAUGCUGCUACUGUCAAUGAAAUUGUACUGAAGGUUAACUAUAUUCUAGAGUCACGAGCAAGCACAGCCAGAGCAGAUUAUUUUGCUCAGAAACAAAGAAAACUGAGCAGGAGAACAAGCUUUAGCUUCCAGAAGGAGAAGAAGUCGGGCCAGCAGUGAGGCCAAGCCUCAAGGAGAGCCCGUGUGCUGCUCCCUGCCCGUGCUGCAGCUGGGACUGUGCUGCUCCUGCUGCUGGGACUGUGCUGCUCCUGCACCCAGG